UCCUCCUCAACAUGGUCAUUAGUUUAACUCCAGACUCCGAUCUCUGACACGCUUUGAUUCGGUUAAAACAGAAGCAUGACAGAAGCAGAAAAAAACAGAAGCAGCCGGGUUAAAACCAGGACAAUGACAUCACGUGACCAAACCUAGACAGUCAUGAGUAAGAGGAGAGAAGUUCUCAGGGUGCACCUGAGGUUCUGUGGAGGUGAAUGUUCUGGCUCGUUCAGCUCCUCGGUCAGGUGAAGUCAUCAGCGUGUGAUGAUAUCAUGACCACACGGUGCCUCGGCAUGUCAGAUAAGAGUAGAGGAGACACUUUAAAUAGCUGAGGCCAAAGCGGCGUUCUCACACAUCUCAUCUCCGCUCCACAGUGAAGGUACCAGCCUGCUACUUUUACUUCAAUGCAGUAAAAACCCAGGCGCUUAUUUAGACUUUUGACUCGGACGUUCGCUCUCACACUUCUUGGUGAUUUGUUGUUUCACAGACAGACACCAUGAAGCUCCAGACCUUCAUCUUUUUAGCGGUUCUUCUCAGCUUUUGCUCCUCAGCUCCGAUCCUCCGCCAGCAGUUGGGAAUAAUUGCCAGUAACAGUAAUGAGAUUGUGCGUCUGCCAGGACUCACGCUCACCGGUAUGGGUUUGGGACAAACACAGGUUCAGGGUUCUCCAUUUCUCACUCCGUUCCUGAUCCAGUCUCAGCCUGAACUCCUGCUGCCUCCUCAGGUGUUGAAUCUUGGUCCUCAGCUUCCUGGACCCUUCCUGCCCCCACAGCAGAACCUGCCCCCAUUCCUCUUUCCCUCUCUUCAGCAAGAGCAGCCUACAGGACCCAUCAACCCCAACAACCCCCUUCCUCCCCCCAACGGCCAGGACCCCAUCCAGGUUCCUCAGUACUUCCCAUUCGCUAAGGUACCAGGAGGACAGGGUUUUCCCUAUUAUUACAUGAAUUACGGUUUCCCACAAAGGAACACGCUGUUCAACCACUUGCCCAAUCAGAACACAGCAAACCAGAAUGCAGCCAAUCAGAACCCAGUGAGACCCACUAAAGCCCCUGCGCAGAAUAAUGGGAAGGUGGUGGAGCUGUUGCGCAUUACUCCGUCCCCUGAUAACCGUGGUGACCGUCCUGGGCGUGGUGUCGAUGGGGAUCCUGCGUUCCCGUUCUUCCGGCCGUGAUGACAACGUGAUGAGAAACGUACAGAUGAAACAUUACGCUCGUGUGUGACGUCCCAGAAGCCGGCGACGCUUUUCUCUGUGUAACUGUUAUAACAGCUUAUAACAUCACCUGUGUUCAAUGACAAUAAAGUCUUAUUCUAAUGAACAAC